UAGGGUAGUGGGAGGGGUUUAUUUAACAUAAAUCAUUCUUCUAAGUGGUGCCUUAAAUUUUAUUACUUUUUAGUCGACCAGCCUUUUUAUCCCUGUGUGUUCAAAGAACAGUCCGCUCACUUUUAGCUUGAUUUCAUAGGUGUUGUUCGGAGGUCAUGAUCCCUGUGUUUGGAUAAUUUCCCAUGAGUGAAUUACCAUAAUUUCUCUUAUUUUCUUUCUGUUGUGUGUGUUUACCAGAUCGUCCUGUAUCUUCACACCCUCACUCACACACUCCUUUCGUGGGAGAGCGUGUGGAAUUCCUGGACAUGGGAAUCUUUCCAUACGUGUGGUCUUACAGCGGUUCGUUCCGGAACCAAUUUUAGAUGUUCUGUUGUGGAUCCUGUAGCUCGUAUUGUCACACAUUUGGUCAGAGAAACUGUUCCGUUGUGACCCACUUCAUUGGAGACGUUGUUACUAGUGGCAGGAACACCAUGGAAGGGACACCAGACUCUUCCACAAGGAGGGUUCUAGUAUGAAACCACGAAAUGCUAAGCGACGGAACGAUGCCUAUUCCCUAGCUCAGAAGCCGUGCACCUCGAAGAAACGGGCUGUGGUACCACCCGCAUCCCACGUUGGUGGCAGGUUAGUGCCGGCGUCCCGUGCCUAGUUUCGUCAGGUGCAGGGGUGCGACCUCUGAGGACCAGGCAUUGGUCGAGGCAGCAGAUGGACUAGUGGUGAUUAGUCCGGGAGCUCAUGAAGCAAGAUAAGCCCUUCGUAUCUGAUGGCUUUCCCUUCUAGUUCCUAGGCCUUUGAAGUGCUGCAUGUCUGAAAAUAAUUUGCAUAGAAUUACUUGAGCUCAUCUGUUAACUAGCAGAUAUGAAAGCAAACGAUUACCACAGUUACUUCUUAAAUAAAGCCCUUUUUUUCCCUUGAUGUCGGUGUCUUUUUAGCCUACCUCACCAUCUUCUGUCUUCCUCACUUUGUGCUUUGCUUCAGAGAUAGGGUCAUCUGCCCGAAUCCGGGUCUCCGGAUUAUUACCUUUGCUGCCAAAAGCAAGGUCCCACUUGGAACCUUUUCGGUUAUCUCUGUGGCCUCAUCCAGCAGACUUAUUAGCCCAAGUUCUGAAAUCUCUUGAUUCUUCUCGUUCCCUCAGUGCUUGUCAUUUGGGGUCUUCAGCUGGUUUCGUGGCCAUCUUCGUUAAUGGGGUCUGCCGGCCGGACCUCCUGGCCUGCAGAGCCCCAUAUCCAGCUGUCCCCUGCUCAGACCUUAGGGUCCCUUCUGUUCUUUCCUGGCCUUUCGAAGUCCAGCUCCACAUUGAGGGUUGAGUUGUCACCUUUCCUGCCAUCCCCUGCCCCCGGACUUUUUCCUGUAGAUCUCAUACUGUCUUUUCUUCUUUUCAGCCUUGGUAGGUGGGACCUGAGCUCCACAAGGGCAAGUUCUGUGUCAUUUAUCUUUGUAUAUUCAGGGCCGGGUUCCUGGGAGUGAGUUAUCCUGUGCUUAUCGUGCUCCGCUUUCAGCCUGAAUAAUCCUUGCGGCUCUUGGUGGCUGGGUUUUCUGACCGAGAAUUACCCACGGACCUCAGGGCUGUCUUCUCUGAAUCUCAUCUCCUUGUGAUUUCUCUGCGCCCGAGGGUUUUAUGUGGUCCGGUAAAUGAAGCCCUACUCCGCUACCGGCCAUUCAAGCCGGAACAUCAUCCACUCCCAUAUUUAAGUCAUCACCAAGUUUUCUGUUAAGUGACUCUUGAAUUCCUUUACUUUGCUCUCAUCAGCAGUGUGGUGGGAGCAGCUACCCUCGUCUCUUGUGCAGAGACUGCACUGCAGCCCCAUCUAACCCCCUGUGCUGGCAGCAGCUCUUUCCAGAACAUCCAUCUCCCCUUUCCCUUUUAUUUAAAACUAUCCUUUGCUCUUAGAUAAUUUAAACAUCCUUGAUGUGGCACCUUUGCACCGUCUGACAGAGAAAUGUCCUAAUAUUUUGAGGGCACAAGUAACGAUUUUAAUACUCUGAGAAGCAGAUGUUCUAGAAGAGGACAUUUGUUUACACUUAAAAUGGGGACUCUGUGUUAUGACUUAGGCACCUGCCGGGACUAUAGGCUUUCCCUCAUUUAAAUGUAAUUGGUUCCUAGAGCCUGCAGCUGAAGGUAAGACAGAAGAACUUACUUGGCAUUUGCUGCGGCUUUGGUUUGCUAGCCGAGAAACCCCUCAUGUGAGUAUGGGUGGCACAAGAGGCAGAAGUACAGACUUUUCUCGGUGUUUCCAGAGAGAAGCACGGCUAAAAGUGUGUGCAGGGGACGGCUUUCCUUUGUAUGUUUGUUGUACAUUGUACUGUGUAUUUUUUAGUUAUAGUGCUGUAUGUAAAUUUUUCUUUUUCAGAUUUCUCUUUUUCAGUCAUGUUAUUCAUUUAUGCCUGUAACCUGCUGACUUAACGAUGAAAGAUGUAGAGUAACGUGUCUACAUUUUUUUCCCUCUGGCAGUGUGGAUCUCCUAGACUAAAAACUAGCUUGUCGUGGAUGCUUUGUUUCUGUCACAGGAUCCCGUUUCUGGAAGACGGCUGCUUUUUAGGGGUGGAGAACCUUGGUCAAUAAAAAUAUCCUUUAAAAGCUGUGUUCAGUCAAACUUACAUGCGAGCGAGCUGUUCUGAGGCUGUAACCCUGUGGCCCGAGUGAGCACCCCUCUCGCACGUGUCACCAGCGUCCUGUACUGUUUGGUUGAUUGUUAGUGUGCUGGGGAUGAAAACACAAGUGAUCAUAUGCAGGCUGGUUAGAUUAGUGAUUUUAAUAUGAAACCAUUGCUUUUAGAGUAAUCAUGGGCCAGACUGGGAAGAAAUCUGAGAAGGGACCGGUUUGUUGGCGCAAGCGUGUAAAAUCUGAGUACAUGCGGCUGCGGCAGCUCAAGCGGUUCAGGCGGGCUGACGAAGUGAAGAGUAUGUUUAGUUCCAAUCGUCAGAAAAUUUUGGAAAGAACGGAAAUCUUAAACCAAGAAUGGAAACAGCGAAGGAUACAGCCUGUGCACAUCCUGACUUCUGUGAGCUCAUUGCGCGGGACCAGGGAGUGUUCAGUGACCAGUGACUUGGAUUUUCCAACACAAGUCAUCCCAUUAAAGACUCUGAAUGCAGUUGCUUCAGUACCCAUAAUGUAUUCUUGGUCUCCCCUACAGCAGAAUUUUAUGGUGGAAGAUGAAACUGUUUUACAUAACAUUCCUUACAUGGGGGAUGAAGUUUUAGACCAGGAUGGGACUUUCAUUGAAGAACUAAUAAAAAAUUAUGAUGGCAAAGUACAUGGGGAUAGAGAAUGUGGGUUUAUAAAUGAUGAAAUUUUUGUGGAGUUGGUGAAUGCUCUUGGUCAGUACAAUGAUGAUGAUGAUGAUGAUGAUGGAGAUGAUCCCGAUGAAAGAGAAGAAAAACAGAAAGAUCUAGAGGAGAACAGAGAUGAUAAAGAAAUCCGCCCACCUCGGAAAUUUCCUUCUGAUAAAAUUUUUGAAGCCAUUUCCUCAAUGUUUCCAGAUAAGGGCACAGCAGAAGAACUAAAGGAAAAGUACAAAGAGCUCACCGAGCAGCAGCUCCCCGGCGCGCUUCCUCCGGAAUGCACCCCGAACAUAGACGGACCAAACGCUAAGUCUGUGCAGAGGGAGCAAAGCUUGCACUCAUUUCAUACGCUUUUCUGUAGGCGAUGUUUUAAAUAUGACUGCUUCCUACAUCGUAAGUGCAAUUCUUCUUUUCAUGCAACACCCAAUACUUACAAGCGGAAGAACACAGAGACAGCUCUAGACAACAAACCCUGUGGACCGCAGUGUUACCAGCACUUGGAGGGAGCAAAGGAGUUUGCUGCCGCCCUCACCGCGGAGCGGAUCAAGACCCCGCCAAAGCGGCCUGGUGGCCGCAGGAGAGGCAGACUCCCCAACAGCAGCCGGCCCAGCACCCCCACCAUCAGCGUGCUGGAGUCCAAGGACACGGACAGUGACAGGGAAGCAGGGACGGAGACGGGCGGGGAGAACAACGAUAAGGAGGAGGAGGAGAAAAAGGACGAGACUUCCAGCUCCUCGGAAGCGAAUUCUCGGUGUCAAACACCCAUAAAGAUGAAGCCAAACAUUGAGCCUCCCGAGAACGUGGAGUGGAGUGGUGCGGAGGCCUCGAUGUUCAGGGUCCUCAUCGGCACGUAUUAUGACAAUUUCUGUGCCAUCGCCAGGCUCAUUGGGACCAAAACUUGUCGACAGGUGUAUGAGUUUCGCGUCAAAGAGUCGAGCAUCAUCGCUCCGGCGCCGGCCGAGGACGUGGACACCCCGCCGAGGAAGAAGAAGAGGAAACACCGGUUGUGGGCCGCACACUGCAGAAAGAUCCAGCUGAAAAAGGACGGCUCCUCGAACCACGUUUACAACUACCAGCCCUGCGACCACCCGCGGCAGCCUUGCGACAGCUCGUGCCCUUGUGUGAUCGCACAGAAUUUUUGUGAAAAGUUCUGUCAGUGUAGUUCAGAGUGUCAGAACCGCUUCCCCGGCUGCCGCUGCAAGGCGCAGUGCAACACGAAGCAGUGUCCCUGCUACCUGGCCGUGCGCGAGUGCGACCCCGACCUCUGCCUCACGUGCGGCGCCGCCGACCACUGGGACAGCAAGAACGUGUCCUGCAAGAACUGCAGCAUCCAGCGCGGCUCCAAGAAGCAUUUGCUGCUGGCCCCGUCGGACGUGGCAGGCUGGGGCAUUUUCAUCAAAGACCCUGUACAGAAGAACGAGUUCAUCUCGGAGUACUGUGGAGAGAUUAUUUCUCAAGACGAAGCAGACAGAAGAGGGAAAGUGUACGAUAAAUACAUGUGCAGCUUUCUGUUCAACUUGAACAAUGAUUUUGUGGUGGAUGCAACCCGCAAGGGUAACAAAAUUCGUUUCGCAAAUCACUCAGUAAAUCCAAACUGCUAUGCAAAAGUCAUGAUGGUGAAUGGCGAUCACAGGAUAGGGAUUUUCGCUAAGAGAGCCAUCCAGACUGGUGAAGAGCUGUUUUUCGAUUACAGAUACAGCCAGGCCGACGCCCUGAAGUACGUGGGCAUCGAAAGAGAAAUGGAAAUCCCUUGACGUCUGCUACCUCCUCCUCCCCCUCCUCCUUUCUGGAACAGCUGCCUUAGCUUCAGGAACCUCGAGUACUGUGGGCAAUUUAGAAAAAUAAAAUGCAGUUUGAAAUUCUGAAUUUGCAAAGUACUGUAAGAAUAAUUUAUAGUAAUGAGUUUAAAAAUCAACUUUUUAUUGCCUUCUCACCAGCUGCAAAGUGUUUUGUACCAGUGAAUUUUUGCAAUAAUGCAGUAUGGUACAUUUUUCAACUUUGAAUAAAGAAUACUUGAACUUCC